UUCGCCUAUUGAAGCAGAAAACAGUUUCAUAAACGGCAAAAAGGGGGAAAAAAUGGCGGCGGUGGAAGUCAUGCCUGAGGCUCGGAAGCUCCCGCGGCCUGGUCGCGGCGGAGUAAUCGGCCACGGACUCUCCGAAGAAGAAGCCCGCGUCAAAGCAAUCGCUGAAAUAGUGUCCACAAUGGUUGAUCUCUCGCGCAAGGGCCAGGACGUUGACCUAAAUGCCGUCAAAUCGGCGGCGUGCCGGAAAUACGGGCUCUCCAAGGCGCCGAAGCUCGUCGAGAUGAUAGCAGCGCUGCCGGAAUCCGAGAAGGAGGCUUUGCUGCCCAAACUCCGGGCUAAGCCAGUGCGAACGGCGUCUGGUAUUGCGGUGGUUGCCGUGAUGUCGAAGCCUCACCGCUGCCCACAUAUUGCAACGACAGGGAAUAUAUGCGUGUAUUGCCCCGGUGGCCCCGAUUCCGAUUUCGAGUACAGCACGCAGAGUUAUACGGGAUAUGAGCCUACUAGCAUGAGAGCUAUUAGGGCUAGAUACAACCCUUAUGUCCAGGCAAGAAGCAGAAUCGAUCAGCUUAAGAGAUUGGGUCACAGUGUUGACAAGGUCGAGUUCAUCUUGAUGGGUGGUACUUUUAUGUCAUUGCCCGCAGAGUACCGUGAUUAUUUUACUAGGAAUCUACAUGAUGCUUUAUCGGGCCACACUUCCGCCAAUGUUGAAGAAGCAGUAUCUUACUCUGAGCACAGUGCAAUAAAGUGUAUUGGGAUGACAAUCGAGACGCGGCCAGACUACUGCUUGGGACCACAUUUGAGGCAGAUGCUUUCAUAUGGUUGUACAAGACUGGAAAUUGGAGUUCAGAGCACAUAUGAGGAUGUUGCUCGUGACACCAAUAGGGGUCACACUGUAGCAGCUGUGGCUGAUUGCUUUUCCUUAGCAAAGGAUGCUGGAUUCAAGGUAGUAGCUCAUAUGAUGCCUGAUCUUCCACAUGUUGGUGUCGAGAGAGACAUGGAAAGUUUUAAAGAGUUCUUUGAGAGCCCUCGCUUUAGAGCUGAUGGGCUAAAAAUCUAUCCCACCCUAGUCAUUCGUGGAACAGGACUUUAUGAGCUUUGGAAGACUGGCAGGUAUAGAAAUUAUCCUCCUGAACAGCUUGUUGACAUCAUAGCUCGGAUUCUAGCUAUGGUUCCUCCUUGGACUCGGGUUUAUCGAGUUCAACGAGAUAUCCCUAUGCCUCUAGUUACUUCUGGUGUUGAGAAGGGUAAUCUUCGGGAACUAGCUUUAGCAAGGAUGGAUGAUUUGGGCUUGAAAUGCAGAGAUGUUAGAACACGUGAAGCGGGUAUCCAGGACAUUCACCACAAGAUAAAACCAGAGGAAGUCCAGCUUGUUCGCCGUGAUUAUACAGCAAAUGAGGGAUGGGAGACCUUUCUUUCAUAUGAAGACACUCGCCAGGAUAUUCUUGUUGGGCUACUGCGUUUGCGGAAAUGUGGAAAGAAUGUGACUUGCCCAGAGCUUACGGGGAAGUGUUCAAUUGUUCGUGAAUUGCAUGUUUAUGGGACAGCAGUUCCUGUUCAUGGGCGGGACGCUGAUAAACUGCAACAUCAAGGUUAUGGUACACUAUUGAUGGAGGAGGCCGAACGGAUUGCUACAAGCGAACACAGAUCGAAAAAGUUAGCCGUGAUUUCAGGUGUAGGAACGAGGCAUUACUAUAGAAAGUUGGGGUACGAGCUUGAAGGUCCGUACAUGGUGAAAUACCUCAAAUGAAAAAACAGUUGCGCAACGCCACCAACACCAAAGAAUGAGUAGUCUUGACUGGUAAUCUCGCCUGUAUAUCAUCUAUUUCCAUCUGUGCUAUCACAAUUUUUACCCAUGGAAUCGCUUUUGGUUUUGUUUGAUAUUUUAAGAUAAAUAGAUGGAGUUAUAGAAGAUGUAUUUGUAAACUAUACACAAUGAGUCAUGAUUAGCGAAGAGCCUCAGGUGCUUAUCUGUUUUAUGGAAAGUGAAACUUGAUUGAUGGCUUUUUAAUA